AUGGAAGUCCCCGCCAGCGUGAAGCUUCAGAUGGACGAGAUCCUUGCCAAGGAUAUGGCCCCGGUGACCCAGUGGAAGGCAAUUGUUGACCUCCUUCUCCAGCACAGCCUUGCUUGGAGAGCUACCUUGGAACCGAGUAUGCUACUUGUGCAUCAAUUGAACCGGUCCGGUUUGGGGGUCAAUGGGCACAAUUGCCAUUCCAAAGCAGCCGGCAUCCUCAAGGCAGGCUUCGACAAGUCGUACCUCCACAGCAGCAGCUGCUUCCAGCUUUCUGAGAAUCCCGAUCUUCGGGCGAGGCAGAUCGGUUUCAAUCAGAAUCUGGUCGAACAGGCCGACGGCUUGCUGGCCCCGCUGAACGGGACGGAGCGAUACCUUUCGGUCAGCUCAGGGCAUACGACACAGUUUCUCAAAGCCCUCUGGGCUGGCUGCCGCACCAGCGAGGGUUCGCUUGCCACGAAUGGCCUUCUCAGCAAGGAGUUGCUUUGUGGUAAGGACCCUGUCCUUCGGGACUUGCUGGAUGUAGGCUGGUCGUGGCUCAUCGUCUCGUGGAGAGUUGAGGAAUGCUAUCCGGACCUCCCAAAGCUUGCAGAGCGAGCUCUCAACUCCAGCAACUCAGCCUUUCAGGCUCAGUCCGAGCUGGAAAUGGCUUUGCACAUCCUGGAUCUCGCUGCAAACAUGAAGCAGCCUGACUUCAAGGCUUUGGCAGCUGAAGCUUGUCAUGCCGGCCCUUUGAAGAACUGUUCCUCCAGCAUCGCCAAGUGGCUUGAAAACUACAGCAACAAAGGGGCUCUCGCGAAGUUUCUCGGCAUGUUCACGAAAGAGUUCGGCGACAACUCGAAUGUCGGGGAAGAGUUCUGGGCCAUGGUUGCUGGUCCCAUGUCGGCAGAGUUGCCUUUGGUGAGGCUGUGCAUGCUCACUUGCAAUCUCACAGCCCCAAAGAACAAGAUCCAGGACGGAUAUGCUCGUUUGUUGACCCGAUCGGAUUGGGAGACCAUUAAGAAACAGAAGAUGCAGGCACAGGUCCAUGAUCUGGAGAAGAAGCUCUUCCAGGCUUAUCUGAAGGUUGAGGCAAACAUUUCGGAGCUAGCAGCCGCCAGGGCUUUCGGUAUCCUGUUAAUUCGAUGCUGCCUGCACCUCCUGCAAAAGCAGAAGAUGGGCAGGUUGACGAAAGUGUUCGAAAGCAUGGAUGCCAUUUUUCAGGCCUUUGACACACAGGUUGCUAGCAUCCAGUUGCCCCUUCCAAAUGCAGCAGAUGCUGUAAAGCCUGAAGCUUCUUUGCCAUCUUCGUCCUCCAAGCCGGCAGGUGGGGCAUCCCAGGCAGGGGGACUUGUUUCGCUAGGACAAGCAUACGAUGCUUUGUUCUUGGCUAGACAGAAGAUGGAGAUCGACAUCGGUAAGCACUACACGUACCAGAACAAGCUGUGGAAGCUUCGAGAAGCAAACAGCAACCAGCUCGUGCUGGAGCUUCUUGACUUGUUCGAGAGCGAGGAGGCGAUCGUCGAGACCAGCCAAUGCUGGAAAGUUUUGCGAAUUUCCAAGCUGCCGGCUCCUGUGUUCAUCGACAAGGCACUGGCUGCCUCCAGAGAGCCGCAUGCGAGUUGCACUUCAGAGGCCAUUCUGGCUGAAGUGUGGUUGACCAUGCUGAAAGCAUGCCCCAAGUUUCAGCCCAAGAACCUCUGGAGCAUGAUUGGUGUGGUUGCCACCAGCCGAAAGGCUUAUGCCCUGAAGAAGAUCCCUGCUGGCGACUUGUGCCUCUUCCCUGCCACCGAUAGCAUGGCCAAGAUCACGAAGAAGUCCCCCAACGAUAAGAAGAAGAAGAUGGGAGAGAUCACCUUCAAAGAUGUCGAUUACUACAUCCUCCCCCCAAGCAUGUUUAAGACAUCAGAGGGUAGCAAGGUCUCGGGCUGCAUUGCGCCAUACUGGUGGCUGGAUCCCGUCAAGGAGCCCAGCAUGGACUGGGAACAGAGAACUCAUGGCGGCAUGACUGCUUGGUGUCUGGUCAACAGCAUGACCUUGGAUGAAGGAACCGUGCUCACUUACCCCCACCCAGAGGAGCCCGAGGCAUCGGAGGACACGAAGGCGAGUCAGAAGAAACCUAUCGCCAAGUCGGGUGAGCCCGCCAGCAAAAAGGCCAAGAGAGCCUGA